AUGAAGAACCCCCUGCCGUUCGCGGUCGUAUCCAUUAAGCUCUCCGUCCUAGCCACCCUAGCUCAUUUGGUGCGCACGGGACAGCUUCCGUACGACGGGCGAACCUCGUUCUUCUUCUUAUUCUUCCUCUACGCCGCAUCCUUCUCACUCUAUGUCAUCUCAUCCCUGCGCGACCCUGGUUACGUCAAGUCUUGUCCCCUAGCAUACCUACCCAAUGAUGAGCGAGCUGCAUUCAAAGCAAGCUUAAGUGAACGCACCCAGAACAAAAAUGAACAGACGAAAAAUAUACCAAUAGAUGUUUCCAUCACACAUGAUGAGUUCACAUCAUCCGAUUCGUUUUCCUCCGACACAGUCAGUACCAAUGGAGAGCUGGACAGUCUAACCAUUAUCCACCACAAGAACCACAACACAAUCAUUACUGAGAGAAGAAUAAAGAAAAAACAAAAAGGUCUUACCAUGCGAUGCGUCCGCCCAGACCAACCCCAUGAGGAUCGUCUUGUCCCCUCCACGAACAAAACGAAGUACGCACAUCAGGAAGGAAGCAGAAGAGAGAGGGGCAAAUGUGUUAAGAGGUCUCAUCCCCAAGCUGAGCAAAAAAGAGUUCACCCACGGCUCAAAACUUCCUUCUCCUGGCUUCAUAACCUCCAUUUGAUGGCUCCCCUUGAAGCAAGAACAAGAGUGAAUGUGAGCGGCCCCUCCAAGUACAAACCUCUUGCUAUGACACAACUGCAUCACAUGCGAUGCAACUGUGGAGAGAGCCAUGCAGGACCAACUCAUGUGAAACAGACUAUAGGACAUUCACUUGAAUACACACCAAUCACAUGCCCCACGCAUGUUAAAAUGAAGCCGUCUGCCAUCUUUCGCGUGCUAGGUGGUGAGGUGUACCAGUACGCUACCCCACUCUCGUACUGCUACGUGUGCGGCGUUGUGCAGAUUUUGCGCAGCAAGCACUGCAACGCCUGCCACAAAUGCGUGCGUACAUUCGAUCACCACUGCCCAUGGAUCAACAACUGUGUAGCGGAAAAUAACAGAGCCUCCUAUUUAGUGUACCUCCUCUUGGAAGCCAUGACACUUUUUCAUGCAAUCAGACUACUCUCCAGGGUCCUUUUAAAGAUGCUCUUUGAAGAACAUGGGUGGUUCUUCGCCUGGCUUGUGGUGCUCCUGCUGGUGUUGUUUUUCUUCUUCACCAUGAUUUCCUGUUUGGCCAUCUACCACUCAUACCUCUGCUUGAUAAACGAGACGACGCGCGAAAACACCGUCCGGGCGAGGAGCACGCCGGAGGUGAACACUUCAGGAAGGCAAUCAGUCGGACCCUUCUUCCUGGGCUACCAACAGAACGUCCUCAUUUAUUUUUCGAACCUCCCCAUUGUGGGCUUGUGCCCCCAAGUGGUCAGGCAGUACGUGUCAAGCAAGUUGUGUCGCACAAGGGGUGUUGCCUGGGGGACCCAAGGGGAGAUACUCUGGAAGCCAAACCCCAAGUCCCGCUUGCGACGUGAGGCCAUUUUUCUCUCCAUCUUGGAGCACGUCGCGGCAUGCGUAAGGAGGCAGUUCUCGCCCGUGACCCUCUCGACCGAGUAA